GUGUUCACCGCCAGAUCCUGUUCACUACCGUGGGGUGGUUUGCUGGCUAUUACCUCCUUAAACGUGCGGCAUACCUACAUGCCAAAGUGGACAGGGAGCUGUUCGAGUACAUGAGGCACCACCCGGAAGACUUUAAGGCAGCAGAAAAGAGAAGAAUAGGCGAGCUUUUGGAGGACUUUUACCCUGUUCGCUGA